AUGACCCCAUCCGAAGGAGGAACAAGCAACCUUCCCGGAAUAGCUGCAAACCUCAAGCCGGCCGGCACAUCCAAAGAAUCACUCCAAAUUGCACCACUUCCUCCGCUCAAAAUGACUGUCGCCGAGUCGGUUAAGAGUGCCGUUGGGCUCGCAGAUACACAGGCGACCCGAGAGGAGAUGUCUGCUGCUCGUCUUCCUUUACAAUACCGUGAUUCCUGCGCACAUCUUCUGAUCCCCUUGAACCGCUGCCGACAGCAAGAGUACUAUCUCCCGUGGAAGUGCGAGGACGAACGACACAGCUACGAGAAGUGCCAAUACGUGGAAUUCAAGAAGCGCGUUGCGAAGAUGGAUGAACUCCGAGCCGCCAAGAACGGUGCCCGGAGCAAUUGA